AUGUCGCUGUUCAAGAAAGCCCAGUCGGCCGUGGCGCACAAUUCGAAGAUCCCGCAGCUGGGGAAUAGUGACCUGAAGUCCCUGCAGGAUCUUAUUCACACAGAAAAGGCGUAUGUCGCCUCUAACGCCAAGAUGGCUGUCGAGACCCAAAACACGGCUGACGCGCUGCGUGUUUGGGCGAGUGGCGAGGGUGACGACCUGGAAGACGUGUUGCCGAAGGUGGCGUUUUUGUAUGAGCACCUGAGCCGCGCCGAGACACGCUACAACUACUAUGUGUCGACGAUGCGCUUGCACCUCAAGUCGAUCCGCUCGCGCGAGGAGAAGUAUGCGGAGCUGAAGAACCGCCGCCGCUCGCUCCUGAGUAAAAUUGAAGGUAUGGAGCGUAAGCUAGCCAAGAUGGGCCCUGAGAACAAGGACCUCGCCAAGGUGACGAGCAGCCUGCGCGAGCUGCGCAGCGACAUGGAGGUGCUCAACAACGAAAUGGCGCACGAGGAAGCGGCGCUCGGUGACUACAAGCGGCAUACCAUCGCCGAGGCCCUGGGGCUCAAAAGCGGUGGACUCAUGGAGCUUGCCGAGAAGACGAUCGUGAUUGCAGAGUCGUGCCGCCUGCUUGUCGAGGAGAUUCCGCUGCAGCCGACCAUGCCCGGCACGCAGCGCGCGCCGUACCGCAACGAGGCGCGCACGAACCGCCUGCUGCAGGAAGCAGUGCGCCAGCUCGAAUCGAUCCACUUUGAGCCGCGCGAGUCGCAGCUGAAUGUGGACCGCGCGCAGGCGUCGCCCGUGUCGCCGAUGGCGGCGCAGCCGCGCCACGACGGACUGGACACGGGCGCAGGCCCUGACAUGAGCCAAACCAUGCUCAGCACCCACCCCACGGUGCCAAGCGCGACGCCAGGGUUACCCGCGCAUGGCAUGCAGCCCCUGGACGACCGCGAGCAGGGCAGCCAGGGAUGGGUCGCGCCGGAAAUGCCGCCUGCGGACACGGUCUCGCCUCCCCCGGGCCUGCCGACCGUACACGAGAGCCAGCACGACGCAUACGAAUGGGAGGAGCCGUCGCGGCGCUACACAAAUGUGGCGUCGGCGCCUUCACAGCCGGACCUGUACCAGUAUGUGCCGGAUGCCACCUCGAACGCAGUGAACGAUGUGAUCCCGUCGUUCCCGCCCGUGCCGCCAUCGGCGCCCGAUGUGCCGGUCGACGACACCACGGAAGACCGCGCGUACUUUGAGGGUAUCGGCAGCACCAAGGCGCUGCAGGAGGCUGCUGCACGAGGCGGUGGCUUCCCGACCAUGGACACGUACCGCCACAGCCAGCCUGAGGUGUCGGGCCUGUAUAUGCCCGAGGCGUCGCAGGUCCGUGCGCUGUCGCCGUCGGGGCUGCGCCCUGUCGGUGCCGGUGUGCCGCGGUCGCCCUCGGACACACCUGCGCCGCCGCCGCCGCCGCCGCAUGCUAUGGCACCUGAGUAUGGCAUGCCCAUGUCCCAGUCUAUGCCUCCAUCCAUCCCUCCGCCGUCUAUGUCUCAGUCGCACAUGUUCCCGCCGCCGAUGCCUCCUUCGCACAUGCCCCAGCCGCCGAUGCCUCCUUCGCAUAUGCCCCAGCCGCCGAUGCCUCCUUCGCAUAUGCCCCAGCCGCCGAUGUCUCAUUCGCAUAUGCCGCCGCCGCCCCAGUCCUACACGCCAUCGUACGGAGCGGCCCCGCCAUGGAUGCACCGCUCGGCUAUGGGUCCGUCGACGCACCGGCAGCGGGGCCUGCGAUGCUCGCGCCGCCCACAGUGUCCGCGCCUCCGGAGCCAAGUGUCCUUGUGA